UUCAUGCCUGGAAAAACCUGCAGCUACGACAAGGUCAAUGCUAAAUGUGCAGGGACGAACCUGAAAACAUAUAAUUCCAUCAGUGCAGAGGUUUGUAUGGAGGAGUGCAGCUUCUGGGAGAAUUGUGUCGGCGUCUUCUUUAGUGAGUCGACUAUGUCUUGUAGCAUACAGUCUUCACUCUGUACCGAUGCGAAGCUCAUUAACAAAGGAACGGCUGGAUAUCAACAAUACACAAAGAAACCCGAAACAUGUGUCAGGAACAAGCCCCCUGCUGCUUCUUGUCAAUACAGCGAACCAGUCUUUGGUAGAUUCGCGGGCAAAACAAUCGGAUCUUAUGUGUUUACAUCCUUCUACUCCUGUAGGAGAAUGUGUUCCAUGUUUACAUCAUGCAAGGCAUUUGAAUUCACAAGGGCAGCUUGUAAGUUGUUCGACACCCCUGUUCCCGAUACGCAGAUAACGUACAAGGGAGAUAUGAGAUACAGAAUCUACACAAAGAAAGGCAAUUGUCCGUCGUUGACGGAGAUAAAGACGAAAUUCGAUGUUGGUUACAUCAGCGGAACUCAUAUCAACUCAUGGAGUUCGAUGACCAUUGGUGCAUGUGAGGUAGAGUGUGCACAGAACCCCAUAUGCAGAAGUUUUGGCUUCAGAACAAAAACUUGCUUCAUUUAUAAUUACCAGAAGGAAUCUAGCACACUUCUCGGCAAGACUGGCCAGAAUGCUGCCGUCUACAAGUACUUCUACAGACUCAAUGACGGCACCGUAUCGAAAUAUCAAACCGACGUAGAAUUCACCGAGGAAGAUGGAUUCUGUGCCGACUCCUGGCUUGCAUCUUACGGGAACAUGUAUGUGGAAACAUGUAAGGCCCUGUGUGCAGAUCGCCUUGACUGCAAUGGUUUUGUCAGGAACAGCGCUAAUCGCAACUGCUACUUGAUGUCGAAAACGUGUACAGGGACAACAAUCACACACAAGAAAACCACGUGGACCUACUACACCAGAAAACAACGGUUAACCAUAAAGAAACGUUGGGUGUGCGACUACGACAAAAAGGAAGGCCAGUGUGUAAUAGGUGUCUACAAGACCUUCUACGGUAUCGACCUUGAUGUGUGCAAGAUGGCCUGUGACAGCUUUGACGAUUGCCUAGGUUUUUAUUACUAUGACAGAGAUUGCAAGUUAAAUAAUCAAGCCUGUAUAACAACUGCGAUAAAGCAAAGAAGCGAUUACAAGAUGAACCAGUAUACCAAAAAAAGUUUCGAAUCAUGUAGAAAGGUUCCCGAUAUUGACGAGUGCAAAUAUGACAUACAGCUCGGAUACUGCCCUGGUCGGAUCAUCAAACAGCGAUACAGCGGAGGAAUCAUGCCAAACAUGGACAUCAAUGCAUGUAGGAAGGCAUGUUCUAAUGACGGGGCAUGCACAGGAUUCAAUUACUAUGAACUCAACCAUUGCGUGCUUCUGUUUGGUAACUGUGAACAAGGAGAGCUGACCUACGUGGACAAUCCUAAGAGAUUCUUCUUCAAAAAGAAAGGCAAUUGUUUGAAGGAUGAAGGUAUGAAAGCAAUUGAAGUCAUAGGCAAUUGUGUAGGGUUCGACCUCACCUCAUAUUCAAGUAUCGCAUACGAGGCCUGUGAGACAGAAUGUACAAAGAGAAAAGAUUGCCUUUCUUUCCAACACAACUCGCUGAAGUGUUGGAUCAAGUACCACAUCUGUGUAGAUAGCGCGCUUAAAUACAGGGAUAGACAACUGUACAAGCAGUUUAGGAGACAAAAUAAUGGGUUUGUGCCAAAAUUCGUUGAAGAUACCUUUAUAAAGCAGAAGGGCCAGUGUCCUCACAACUACCGACUUAAAGUAUAUACUAAAUUGACCCUGGAGGCCUGCAAGGUUCAAUGUCAGAAAGAAUUAGACUGUCGAACAUUCAAGUAUACCGGCUCAACUCUCCAAUGUGAUCUCCAGUAUAGAGCAUGCGCAGAAAAGGACGUGAAGUACCCGGACAAAUACUGGACCUUUUUUCAAUACUUAAGAUCACCCUCCCUAAAGCUUCCCUUAUCUCGUGUUUGCACCUACAAGUACUUCAACGCAAAUGGUUACAACGGCGGAUAUAAUGUGAGAGCUAUCACCGAUAUUGGAUUGGAGGCAUGUAAAACUGAAUGCAGCAAUGAUCCAGACUGCGCUGCCUUCCAACACAAUGACCGAAAAUGCUAUAUUCAGAAUACUAUCACGGUUGAAUCGAAGUUGAAGACCUCCAAGUGGGGAGAGGCGGAACAGAACUAUUACGUAAAGACAGAUACUCAGCCAUGUGCAAUACGGCAACAGUCCGCACUCUGCGAUUUCAAACACACUGAACUGGCCUACUGCAGCAAGCACCUCCUACCGAAUGCCUACAUCUUGGUUUCUUCUGUCUGGACCUGCAUGGUCGAAUGUUCGCAAGCAAGAAACUGCAAAGGGUUCGUCUACAAUAGAAAUAAGUGCUACCUGCAAGACUACGUCUGUAGCGAAGCAGAAUUGACGAAGACACCCACAGAUUUCUUCUACCAUCAGUUUACCAAGAAAGAGGGUGGAUCCUGUCCUCAAAAUGCACUCGGCCUUUUCAAGCCUUACCCAAAGUUUGGCAACUGUCCCCCUGCCCUCAAAACAAUUGCUACCGCGUCCAUUGAAACUUGCAAAGCAGAAUGCCUGUCAAGGACGCGCUGUCUUGGCUUUUUGCUGCAUGCAGGCAAUUGUUACAUGAGGACGCGUAGAUGCUUAGAGAAGGAAUUCACACAAAAAAAUGAUGCGCGCUACCAAUGGUUCACCAAGGAAGGCCCAGGAACACUCUCCAAUGACGAAGUUUCAACCUUUAAGGAAAUCCCUGGAAAUUGUGUUGCUAAGAAUUUUAGAGUUGAUAGUGAUGUCUGCCUAGAAACCUGCAAGUCACUUUGUAAAGACUACAUUGACUGUGUAGCAUUCGAGUACAACGCCAGAGACAGGAAUUGUUACCUCAGGAAUGUCCUUUGUGCUGAAGGGAAUCUGAGAUACACGAAUCAACCUUGGUUGUACAUGCAGUACAUUAAAACGCCUACGCUUGACCCAAGAACAGGAAGACAAUGCGAAUAUACCCAUGCAAACCGGUAUUGCUCACGAAGUGCCUCUUACCUGGCAAGGGUCGGCGAAGAUGCGUGUAAGGUGCUGUGUGACAACAGUAGGAAGUGCUUGGCCUACACCAUCUACCAAAGAGGCUGCUAUAUCCACGGAGAGCAGUGUACUGCUACCCAAUUCUCAUACGCGGGUGACAGUCGGUUCAACAUGUAUACCAAGAAGGAUGGCCAAAAUUGCCCCAUCAAAGCCGUGAAAGUGUGUGAUUUUGACCACGCCACAGCCGAGUGCCCAGGCCAUGUCUACCAAACCAUCACCGUGACCCUCCUGGCAUGUAUAGUCGAGUGUUCGCGCUUCUCUAUCUGCAAGGGCUUCCAAUUCAGGGGGACGACAUGUUAUCUCCAAGAUGCUGUUUGUGACCCAAAGGAGCUAGUCCCGAAAACGGAUCUCACAUAUCACCAGUUUAGAAAGAAGGGUAACUGCCCCGAAGCGAAGAUCUGCACGUUUUCUUUACAAUACGGUUAUUUCGCCAGCUAUGUACAUCAGCAACUCAACACGAUAGAUUACACUGCUUGCAAAACACAGGCAUCUCUCAUACCAAGUGUUCUGAGCUUCCGCUACACCACCAAUAUCUGUUACAUGCAGCAUAUCAAAGACGUGAAACUCUCAGGAAUAGGAAAUAAAUUAUACAGAGAGUAUUACAAAGAUGACAAGACAUGCAAUGUUCCAGAACCUACUAAGACCUGUGAAUAUACCAUGCAACCGGGCAAAUGCAACACGGCAGGAAAUGGUUACAGGACCUAUGUUAAAGUUGAGCUGGACGUGUGUAAGAUUCAAUGCGAUUCAGAACUUGACUGUGGUGGCUUCUGGUACAAUGCAAAAGACCGGAACUGUUAUCUGUACGCUGUAAAUGCCGUGUGUGAGGAUCCAACGAAACUUCUAUACCAAGAUAAGCCGUGGACCUAUAACCAAUAUGUUAAGUCGGAAUCCUGCCCACGACCACGAGUUGAGAUGUGUGAAUUCGCCCACUUCAACGGACAUUGUGGCGCUAAUGUGAUCAAACAUUUCCUGUCAACACCAGAAGCCUGUCAGGUUGAGUGCUCGCAUGUUGGAGACUGCCUUAGCAUUCACUACAGUUCCAAGCGCUGCUAUCUUCAAAAAGUAUUCUGUGAGGAGAGCAAGUCGACAGCCGCAUAUAGGGGAAAGGCAGCGUACAGCCAGUACAACAGAUUAUCAACUCACUGCACUGGAAAGGUUCCAAAGGGCGAUUGUGAAUAUGAUUUAAGGUUUGCAUAUUGCUCUCAAUACGCGCUCGUCACGGUUGGAGCUGUCCAUUUGGAUACGUGUAUGGUCGAGUGUAACACCAGGAAGGAUUGUUGGGGAUUCCAGUACUACUCUGGCCAGUGCUACCUUAAAAAGGGAUACUGUACUGAGGCAGAGAUUAAAAAUACAUACAGGGGUAAUAGACUACGCCGGCAAUACUACAAGAAAGAUGAGUGUAUGCCAAGACCAGACUGCCCGAAUCCAGCGGAACGAUGGAAUCGUGAAACAAAGAGAUGUGAAUACCGAUGUCUUCCACGUUCAAUGAUAUGGAACAAUUUGGAAAAGAAGUGUGUUCCAAGAUGUCAAGGUGAAAGUGUGUGGGACAACAGACUCCAGAAAUGCGCUUCAACACGUGUUUGCCGCUGUACCUCAUACGGACAAUCCGGACACUACAAUACCUAUGAUGGCCAACUAAUCAAUUUCCGUGGAAUUUGUUCUUACACUCUCUCUAAACUGAAGUCAGAUUUUACCGAUGACAAAUGCUACUUCAAUGCUGUAGUGAAGCAUGUGCUCGUGAAUAAUGUUAGAGUCAGGACGGUCCAAGUGACUAUCGGAGAGUACACCCUUCAUCUCAGGCCAAAUAGGCGUGUGUGGGUCAACAGAAUCGACUAUGCGGUGCCCUUCUACCUGAAAACCCAGGCAGGUCAAGAGGUCAAUGUUGAGGUCAAAGGUGAACUAGUGGAAGUCGCUGUCCCAGCGUGUGACAUCUUGGUGACCUAUGAAAGCAGGGCCUUUGGAAUUGAUAACUAUGCGGCUUACAUAGUGGUCGGUGGUGACAGGUUCGGCGGGAAACUCGAGGGUCUUUGUGGUGACUGUAACGGUGAGGAGGAUGACUACAGGAGCAGUGACGGUGGUCAGGUUGCUGGAGACAAGAGGGAUUAUAUCAUUGGAAACAGCUGGAUUGAUGAUGAUGAAGACGACGAAGCUGCCUUGCCUGCAAACUGUAACGGACCUGAACCAAAGCCUUGUAGCCAGACACAUGAGAGGAACAUGAAGCAAAACAGCUACUGCAACUACCUUCUGGACGUGAACGGUCCCUUUGGAAACUGCAUCAAGAGUGGCCUGGUCAACAACAAGAACUAUUUUGCGAGUUGUGAGAUUGAUGUCUGUGAUACAAAUCACGAAAGGUUUUCCAAGUGCAGGGUUAUUACGGCCUUUGCUCAGGAAUGCACGGAGCAGGGAUAUCUUGCUCAGACAUUAUGGAGGACCAGCGCGUUCUGUCCUUCGACUUGCCCAUCUCAGAGUGUAUACAAACAAAACCUCCACCCCUGCCAACUACAUUGUCAGGACAGGCCGACUAAAAACUGCAAUAUGGACCGAGUGGAAGGCUGUGAAUGUAACGUGGUAACUUACAGACAGUUUCAAUUAGGGUGUUCUCAUAAAACCUAUUGCGGGUGCUUCAAGGAUGGAAGGACGUACAAGCAUGGUACCUGGCAGGUGCUAGAAGGCUGUGCAAAGAGGAUCUACUGCAAUGCCGGAAAAAUAACGGAGGGAACAUCUCCAGCCUGCCAUGCGCAAGCUAAAUGCAUGAAAGAGAAUGGAGUACACAAAUGUGUAUGCAAUUUCGGCUACAGGGGAACCGGUGCAAGCUGUAACUUGAUUUGUACAAAUCGGCAGCAAGGCUGGGAUGGUAAAAUCUGUGUCAACCGAUGCAGUGGCGGCUUGUUGUGGGACACUGGCAAGGAAAUUUGCACCGAUCCAUGCCCAAGCUUCCAAGAAAAAUGGGACGGUAGAAAAUGUGUACAGAGGUGCAGACCAGCUUAUAAGUGGGAAGGCUCAAAAUGCACUGCACGCUGCUCGGGAUCAUUGAAAUGGAGCGUUGAAUUCCAAUCCUGUGUACACAAGACCUGCACUUGCAGUGGAAUUGGCGAUCCUCACUACACUAACUUCGAUGGAAAACGAUUUAACUACCAAGGUCAUUGCAAGUACACCUUCACCAAGAUCAAGGACAAGUACAAAAAUAAUACGUGCUACUUCGAUGUUUCGGAGAAGAAUGUUGGAAGUGGCGCCACUCUUGUCAGGUUGGUUGACGUACAGAUUCAAGAUAUCAAGAUUCGUAUUCAAUACAAAGGUAUCCUGCAGGUUAAUGGCGUCAACGAGGCUAGUAAUGUCCCACUCUCAGUACAAACCAAGGGAGGAACCAUCACAAUCACGAGGAAAUUGGAUGGAUACACAGUUUCGGCUGGAUUCUGCGGCAUCAUGGUCCAUUUCUGGAGCUACUGGCUCCAGGUUUACAUCAAUGGCGCCGUCGGUUCAAAGGUCGAGGGAUUGUGUGGAACCUGUAAUGGUGACCAUACUGACGACUUCUUACCGAAAGAGGGCAGCUCAGAUAAGAAUUUCUGGACCAGUUUCUCAGUGCCUGAUGACAGUGGCAUGCACCCACAGGCUACAUGCAAAUCAACUGAUGUAAAGGGAGACUGCACUGUCAGCUGGGCCGCCAAGGUAAAAACGGAUGCAUACUGCGGCAAGAUCGUUAAUAAGAAUGGUCCUUUCAAGGAUUGUAUCGCUAGCGGGGAACUUGAUACAAAGGCUUACUUCGAUGACUGCUCAUAUGAUGUCUGUUUCUACUCGCGUGCUAAAGAUUGGGCGAUAAGGACGAAAGAAGUGGUUUGUGCUAACAUUGCUGCAUUUGCUGGAGAAUGUACCAAACAGGGAUUCGGAUCAAACUGGAGGAGCGUGACUUUCUGCCCCCUGAAGUGUGAACAAGGAGAGGUGUUCUCCGGCAAGACGUACCCUGGUUGUGAGUCUGACUGUAAGAGCAGGAAGCCUGUUAAUCCCUGUAAGGUAGAACCCGAGGAAGGAUGCAUUUGUCGGGGCGGCUACUUUCGUCUGGGAACGAAGUGUGUACAUCCAAACCACUGUGGUUGUUACCUCCCUGAUGGCAGCCAUGUAAACCUUUAUGAGAAACAGAGUUCUGCAGACUGUAGUACCAUCAAACAGUGUCGAACCAACGGCAAGAUGGUGGUGGUGAGUGUUACCCGUUGCCAUGCUGAGGCGACAUGUCAAACAAAAGAGGGUGUCCAUGUCUGUGUCUGCAACUAUGGAUUCACUGGAUCUGGUCAAUAUUGUACAUCGAAAUGCAGAAAUGUUGCACAGAGAUGGACAGGGGAUGAAUGUGUCAACCGCUGCCCACCAGAGGAUAUCUGGGAUAACAGCAAGAAGAUCUGCAAAUCGAGGUGCACCGAGUCUCAGUUAUGGAACAUCCCGACCAACCGAUGUGUAGACAGGUGUAAACCUGUUGACAAGUGGGAGAAUGAAGGCUGUGUUGCUCGUUGUACUCCACCGAAAUCAUGGGAUAUCAGGUUAAGGAGAUGUACAGAAAAAAUCUGCACCUGCAAGGCUUGGGGAGAUCCCCAUUACCAUCGUUACGACGAUUUUAAGAGAAUGAUCAACUUCAUGGGUGUCUGUAAAUACGUCUUCUCCAAGACGACCAACUCUGACGACGCGUGUUCCUUCUCGAUUGAGGUGAAGAAUGAACAUAGAGGUAAUACAAGGGUGUCUUUCGGUAGGAUGAUGGACCUGAAGAUGGGAGGUUUCGUUGUCAGACUUCACAAGAACGGAUGGAGUAGGGUCAGUGGCCUCGCCAAAAAAAUGCCCUUUAACCUCGAACUCGAAGGCGGACAUACACUUAGUGUCUCAAAAUGUGGAACCAACAACUUUAAGAUAUCAGUGCCAACCUGUUCCUUCACUUUGUCAUUCGGUGGUCCAUGGGGAAGUAUUGUGACAUCUCUCGGCCACUGGCAGUAUGGAGGUGCUGGAAAGCUUACUGGAAUGUGUGGGGACUGCGAUGGAACGGCUGACACCUCGACUAGCUUCAAUGAUUAUCAGGUUCCAGAUGACUCUGAUGUGCCAUCACAUAACUGUAAGAAGAGCGAGGAACCAGUCAUCAAAUGUUCGGAUAAGAACAAUGCCCUCAUUGCAUCAGACACGUACUGCGGUUACAUCAAGUCAACCACUGGACCAUUCGCAGAGUGCAUCAAGAGCGGAAAGGUAGAUUGGAAGUCAGCCUAUGCUGCUUGCCAGAUGGAUGUUUGCGCUUUUGUGGACAAAGCCGAGUCCAUGAAAGAAGUGAUAUGCGCUGAUGUGGGAGAAUUCGCCAGCGAAUGUCAGCUGAAUGGUUACCAACCUUCGAAGGUUUGGAGAACAACCACAUUCUGUCCAAUGAAGUGCCCUGCUAACAGCGUAUAUGAGUCCAAGAUGCGUCCAUGCCAACCGACGUGUAUCAAGCCCGAACCAAUCUUCUGUGAGGAUGAGUUGAUGGAAGGCUGCAAGUGUAAUAAAGGCUUCAUCCGAGAUGGUGAUUCGUGUGUCCCCGAGCGGUCAUGUGGCUGUUGGGAUGCAGACAAAAACUAUUACACGAUUGGUGAUGAGCGCAUAAGCUCCGACUGCACGACACUCUACAAGUGUAUCAAAGUAGGAUCAGUCGCCAAGCUAGGGUCCAGUGAGCUUAAACCUUGUGGCCAGGAUGCUGAAUGCAGACCUGGAGACAAAGGGAUAUAUACCUGUGGCUGCAAGAAAGGAUACCAAGGAGAUGGAUUCAAAUGCGAGAAACGUCCGGAACUGUCGUGCAUCGAAGGCAAAGAGAAGUGGGAUCCUAAGUUACAGAAGUGUGUACCUCUUGUUGUAUGCAAAGAGGAUGAAAAACUUGAAAAUGGCAAGUGUAUUAAAUUGUGUGGAGAUGUCGCAACGAAAUGGAACAAAGUUACGGAGAAGUGCGACCAGAGAUGUACUGACCCUCAGAGCAUUUGGAAUGAAGGAGAGAAGAAGUGCAAGCUCCGAUGUGCUGUUGACAAGUUAUUCGUUGGAGAGGAAUGUGUUGACAAAUGCACACCUGACCAAGUGUAUGAUGUGCCCACUGGAAAAUGCAAAAAUCGUUGCACCGAUCCAAAGCAGGUGUGGAACCAAGUCAAGACAAAGUGCGAGAAGCGUUGUGAAUCAGACAAGAAGCUGGUAGAUAAUAAGUGUAUUCCAAAGUGCAAGAGUAACGAAAGAUGGAAUGUAAAUACACAGAAAUGCGAACCAACAGAAACACCGACCUGCCAAUGUUUUGCAUGGGGAAAGAACGUGUUCUACACACACGACGGCCAGUGGAUCAACUACCCUGGCAAGUGUGUCCACACCAUCGCCAAGCUGAACGACAAGGCUAACAAAUGUUACUUUGAGAUCAACGCCAAGAACCUUCCUCAAAAGGGCGACAGACCAGCAGGAAAACUCAUUUCUGUCCAUACAGGCUUCAAAAUGAUUAGCAUCUUCCCUGGAGGCAUGGUCCAGGUUGAUGGUGUCACCAAGACAGUUCCUUUCGAUGUGGCGACUAAGAACAAGAGGACCAUCAAUGUCUACAAGAACGCUAAUGGAGACUUCCAGAUAGUUGACAAAAGCUGUGGCAUCUUCGUGGCAUACGACGCCAAGAACAGGUUUUUCACAGACCUGACUCCAUAUAGUAAGAUGUUGUCUGGUAUUUGUGGAAACUGUGAUGGGCAGCCCAAUGAUUAUAUGACCUCUGACGGAACGGAUGUGUCCUCCAAGAAAGCGCCCGAAAAGUUCGAUCUUAUCGGCGAUAGUUAUGUUGUGGCCGAUAACACUGGCACAGAAGCCUCCACAGACUGUGUAACUAAACCCCCAGUGUAUGAUGUUGACUGCACUCCGGCGUGGAUGACGAAGGUCAAGUCUAUUGAAUACUGCGGCCUGAUCUCCAAGACCACAGGGCCAUUCGCUGCGUGCAUUAAGAGCAGGAAGGUCAAGUACGAGGCGGAGAAGCAGUCAUGUAUCGAGAGGGUGUGUGCGACGGAAGGCAACACGGAGGAAGCCGCGAAGCUGACCUGUGAGACCAUGAAAGGUCUUGCCGAUGCAUGCGCUGCGAAUGGAUUCGUCGUCAACUACAGGUCAAAGACAUUUUGCCCAAUUGCUUGUGAGGAGAACUCCUCCUUCAACCCAAGCCUGGCUCCCAUCCAACCAUCGUGCAAGCAGCCAAGGGUACCCAAGAUCGACGAAGGGGUUCAACCCGUCCAGGGAUGUCAGUGCAUUGUUGGGUACCUACGUGAUGGGGACAAAUGCACCAAGGCAGAGAACUGUGGCUGCGUGACAGAUGAUGGCAGGCUUAUUAAGAAUAAGGAAGAAGUUAUUCGAGAAGGUUGCAAGAUGAAAGACGUAUGUACCACCACAGGCUGGGGCUGGCCUAUUUUGGCCAGCAAAGCAGUCGACCCUGAAUGUGACGUCAACGCCGAAUGUGUAGCUGAAGGUGGCGACUGGAAGUGCGAAUGUAAACGCGGAUAUGAAGGGGAUGGAACGGAUUGUAAAUCAAAAUGUGAGAAAAACACCCAGAGAUGGACAACACGUGGCUGUGUCGAACAAUGUGCCAAGGAUGAAGACUGGAAUGAAGCAAAGGAAGGAUGUGAUGCUAAAUGCAAGGAUUCUGAACAGUACGACCCUGUCUCAGAGAAAUGUGGCAAGAAAUGCAAACCAAACGAAGAACUGCGAAAUGGCAACUGUGUACUACGUUGUGGCAAGGACAAGGUCUGGAAUGUGGACUUACAGAAAUGUCUGCAAAAGGAUUGUACCUGUAAGGCAUGGGGUGACCCUCACUACAUCAGCUAUGACGGCAUCGACAGCACCAUCGCUCGCAUAGACUUCCAAGGCAAAUGUAAAUACACUCUCUCAAAGCUGAAGGACGAGACUCAUAAGUGUGCUUUCAAUGUGGAAGUGAAGAACGAAGUCAGGAAUGCUGUGUACGAUUUCACAUUCACGCGAUCAGUGGACCUCAAGAUGGGUGGCACAAACUUCAGACUACAGAUAAGGAAAGGCGCAUCUAUUAAUGGCAUCUUAGUUACGCUCCCAAUGAAGUACAAACUUUCAAAUGGAGUAGUUGUGGAACUUUCAAUGGAUGGCAAUACCGUCCUUCAAGCUAAGGUCCCUGAAUGCGAUCUUUCCCUGACAUUCGGCGGGGUCCAGGACUAUGCUAUUUUCACAGCCAGUGGGGAGAAGUAUGGUGGCAAAAUGGAAGGUAUUUGUGGUGACUGUGAUGGAGUCAAGGAGAAGGACCUCAAUAUGGACUCGUUUUCGGUACCUGAUGAUUCUGAUGCACCGGAAGACACUUGCAAACCCGCAAAAAAGCAAGAUGUGACAUGUUCAGAUGCUGUCAAACAAACCGCCUCAAAUGACAAAUUCUGUGGCUUCAUCCAAAACGUGAAUGGACCAUUCGGAGACUGCAUCAAGAGCAAGAAGGUUGAUACCAAAAAGUAUAUGGAUGCAUGUCUGUACGAUGUGUGUGCGUAUAUGAAGGACACGAAACAAGUGACUAGACUUGUGUGCGAGGACUUAGGCACAGUGGCCGCAGCUUGUAACAGGGCUGGUUUUUAUGCAGACUGGCGGCAAAAGGACUUCUGUUCUCUCGGAUGUGGCGCCAACUCUGACUACAAGAUCCAGAUGCGGCCAUGUCAACCAAGCUGUGCCCAGCCCGCACCCAAAACCUGCCCUGACAAGGCACCAAUCGAAGGAUGCAAGUGCAAACCAGGAUUUAUCUUCAGCGGAAAUGAUUGCGUCAAGCCUGAGGACUGUGGCUGUUUCGAUCAGAAGACUGGACAGUACUUCAAACUCAAUGAGAAGACCAUCUCAAUUGAUUGUAAGACAAUGGUAACGUGCGUCAAGCAGGACAAUGAACCGGCCAUGUUGAAGACUUCCUUCCCCGAAUGUGACGAGAACUCUGUUUGCAAGGCCAUGCCGACCGGGAAGAUGGGCUGUGAGUGCAAGAAGGGCUGGUAUGGUGACCCGACCGCCUGCAAGAAGAUCAUACCGGUGCCGAAGACCACAGGUGGAACAGGCGAGGGUGCCCCAUGUGCAUUCCCAUUUUACUACGGAGGGAAGGCCUUCUACACUUGUACGGAAGCCGGUUCAAUUGGCAAGCCAUGGUGCUCCGUCACAACCCACUAUAAAACUGACCAAAUGUUCGGAUAUUGUCCAAAGCCAUGCGUCUUCCCGUUCACCCACAAAGGAGUCACCUACAACGAGUGCACUGGGACUGAUAAACCGUGGUGUGCCACAGUUGCUGACUUCAAAAACGAUGACCAGUGGAAGUACUGUCCACCUAAGAAAGUUGCAUGUGUAUUCCCGUUCACCAACAACGGAGUGACCCACAACGAAUGUAUUGUAGGUUCGACUGGCAAACCAUGGUGUGCCACGGUUGCCGCAUAUACUGGAGAUAAGAACUGGAUGUAUUGCGAAGUCGCAUGUGAAACACAAAUGAAUACCAAGGUAAAUAUUGGAGAGACGUAUACAUUUGAAGGGAAGCAGUAUUACUGCAAGGAUGACAAGACGUAUGCUGAAGUCAAGAAGAUUGGCAAUUGUGCUAUCCCUUUCAAAUACGAGGGCGUAUGGUACGAUAAAUGCAUCGACGCAACACCAUGGUGUUCAAAGGACCACUUAUACAAGAAAAACUGGGAAUUUUGUUGAACCCAAACAUAUCGACUAACUUUUCGCAUGGUCUUAGAACCAUUAUACUCCAAUAUGCAUCAUGAAACUACUUAAAAAGGUAUCAAAUAUCUUUGUAUCUGUACUUGAAAUGGCCAACGAAAUAUCGUCAUCGUUUUCAAAAACGUCUUUGUAUGACACUGGCUCACCAAGCAAAGAUUUGCUAACGUGUUUAUGUAUUUUUGGUACAACGGCACACUGAGGAGAGAAGAAAGACUAGUAUGCUUUGCACACGUGACCAGGACAGAUAUUUGGAUGUCAAAAAGAUAAUGUGUGCCAUCAUCAGGACAAAGCGAUUUGAUACCUUACACAUCAUGUAAUCAUUCUUUUUCUUCAUGAUAUUAAACUAUUGCAGCAUUAAAACACAAAAA